GGGGCUGCCAUUUGCUGCCCCUGCCAGCGGCGCGCGGACCUGCCCGCGCUCCCGCCGCCUCCAGCUCCCUCAGCCCGCCCGGCCUUUGCAGCGGCACCGCCUUGGCUUCCUCCGCGGCCGCCGGAGCGGUCGCCAUGAACCCCAGCUCCUCGGCGGGAGAGGAGAAAGGGGCGACGGGCGGCAGCAGCAGCAGCGGAAGCGGCGCCGGGAGCUGCUGCCUAGGCGCCGAGGGCGGCGCGGACCCGCGGGGUGCAGGGGCAGCGGCUGCUGCCGCCCUGGAGGAGCCCGCGGCCGCCGGACAGAAGGAGAAGGAAGAGGCUUUGGAGGAAAAGCUGAGGGACUUAACUUUCCGGAAGCAGGUCUCUUACAGGAAAGCCAUCUCCCGGACGGGCCUCCAGCAUCUGGCGCCUGCACAUCCUCUCGGCCUUCCUGUGGCUAACGGUCCAGCGAAGGAGCCUAGGGCCACCCUGGACUGGAGCGAGAAUGCUGUGAACGGGGAGCACCUGUGGCUGGAGACCAACGUCUCGGGCGACCUCUGCUACCUGGGGGAGGAGAACUGCCAAGUCCGAUUUGCAAAAUCCGCUCUCCGGAGGAAGUGUGCGGUCUGCAAAAUCGUGGUCCACACGGCCUGCAUUGAGCAACUAGAGAAGAUUAAUUUCAGAUGUAAGCCAACAUUUCGGGAAGGAGGCUCCAGAUCACCAAGAGAAAACUUUGUGCGUCAUCACUGGGUCCACAGGCGGCGGCAGGAUGGAAAAUGUAAACAGUGUGGUAAGGGCUUCCAGCAAAAGUUCUCCUUCCACAGUAAAGAGAUCGUGGCUAUCAGCUGUUCUUGGUGCAAGCAGGCGUUUCACAAUAAGGUGACCUGCUUCAUGCUGCAUCACAUCGAGGAACCCUGCUCCCUGGGGGCCCACGCUGCUGUUAUUGUCCCUCCCACCUGGAUCAUUAAGGUGAAGAAACCUCAGGUGAUCUCCAUACCAGGAGAUGAACUUGAACUUGGUUGGGCGGGAGACGGACCUGGUUGGGCGGGAGACUGGAGCCCCUCAGAGAAUUUGGGAUUCUUCCAUUUUUACUGGGAGGGUUGGCAGAACUCCCUGAAGGCUUCCAGUAGGAAGAAGAAAAGAACGAGCUUUAAAAGGAAAGCCAGUAAAAGAGGAACCGAGCAGGAAAACAAAGGUCGUCCUUUUGUGAUCAAGCCCAUCUCCUCUCCUCUCAUGAAGCCUUUGCUUGUGUUUGUGAACCCAAAGAGUGGGGGCAACCAGGGAACCAAAGUCCUCCAGAUGUUCAUGUGGUACCUGAAUCCACGGCAAGUCUUCGAUCUUUCUCAGGAAGGGCCAAAAGAUGCGCUGGAGUUGUACAGGAAGGUACCAAAUCUGCGAAUUCUGGCCUGCGGUGGGGAUGGAACGGUGGGCUGGAUCCUCUCCAUCUUGGAUGAGCUGCAGCUGAGCCCACAGCCUCCUGUGGGGGUGCUUCCACUGGGGACUGGGAAUGACCUGGCUCGGACACUCAACUGGGGAGGGGGCUACACCGAUGAGCCUGUUUCUAAGAUCUUGUGCCAGGUGGAAGAUGGGACUAUUGUACAGCUGGACCGCUGGAACCUCCAUGUGGAGAGAAACCCGGACUUGCCACCAGAAGAACUUGAAGAUGGCGUGUGUAAGCUUCCUCUGAAUGUCUUCAAUAAUUACUUCAGCCUCGGAUUUGAUGCUCACGUCACCUUGGAGUUCCACGAGUCACGAGAAGCAAAUCCAGAGAAAUUCAAUAGUCGUUUUCGAAAUAAAAUGUUCUAUGCAGGGGCAGCCUUUUCUGAUUUCCUGCAGAGAAGUUCUAGAGACCUAUCCAAACACGUCAAAGUUGUCUGCGAUGGGACAGAUCUCACCCCAAAGAUCCAGGACCUGAAGUUCCAGUGUAUAGUAUUUUUAAAUAUUCCCAGAUAUUGUGCUGGCACAAUGCCUUGGGGAAACCCUGGAGAUCACCACGACUUUGAACCCCAGCGUCACGAUGAUGGCUACAUUGAAGUCAUUGGAUUCACCAUGGCCUCUUUGGCUGCCCUGCAAGUUGGGGGCCACGGAGAAAGGCUGCACCAGUGUCGGGAAGUGAUGCUUCUGACCUACAAGUCCAUCCCCAUGCAAGUAGAUGGGGAGCCAUGUAGGUUGGCACCCGCCAUGAUUCGGAUCUCCUUGAGGAAUCAGGCCAACAUGGUACAGAAGAGCAAGCGGAGAACCUCCAUGCCUUUGCUCAAUGACAUCCAUCAGGUGCAAGCUGCGGACCUGCGGCGGGUGUCUGCUCCCCCCGGCUCCUUUACCAUUCCCCAGUCUGUCCCAGAUCGCCUGAGGAUCCGAGUUAACAAAAUCAGUUUACAAGACUAUGAAGGACUCCACUAUGACAAAGAGAAACUCCGGGAAGCAUCCAUCCCUCUGGGUAUUCUCGUUGUUCGUGGAGACUGUGAUUUGGAGACCUGCCGUAUGUACAUAGACCGCCUACAGGAGGACUUGCAGUCAGUUUCUUCUGGGUCACAGAGAGUUCAUUACCAGGACCAAGAAACCUCCUUCCCCAGGGCGCUCUCAGCUCAGAGGCUGUCCCCACGGUGGUGCUUCCUAGAUGCGACUUCCGCUGACCGCUUUUAUCGAAUAGACAGAUCUCAGGAACAUUUGCACUUUGUGAUGGAGAUUUCUCAUGAUGAGAUUUUUAUUCUGGACCCAGAUAUGGUGGUGUCACAGCAGGCAGGGACCCCUCCAGGAAUGCCUGACCUGGUGGUUGAACAGGCCUCAGGGCUGUCUGACUGGUGGAACCCUGCCCUGAGGAAACGCAUGCUGAGUGACAGCGGGCUGGGGAUGAUCACACCCCACUAUGAGGACUCAGAUAUGAAAGAUCUCAGUCACUCCAGAGUACUACAGUCACCAGUCUCUUCAGAAGAUCAUGCAAUUUUGCAGGCAGUAAUAACUGGUGACCUUAUGAAGCUCAUAGAAAGCUAUAAGAACGGAGGCAGCUUGUUAAUUCAGGGACCAGACCACUGUUCACUCCUUCACUACGCAGCUAAAACCGGCAAUGGGGAGAUUGUGAAGUACAUCCUUGACCAUGGACCGGCAGAAUUGUUGGAUAUGGCAGACAGUGAAACGGGCGAGACCGCACUGCACAAGGCCGCUUGCCAACGGAACCGGGCUGUGUGCCAGCUUCUGGUGGACGCGGGAGCAUCUCUGAGACAGACAGACUCCAAGGGAAAGACACCCCAAGAACGAGCACAGCAAGCCGGGGACCCAGAUUUGGCUGCUUAUCUAGAAAGCCGACAGAACUUUAAGAUCAUUGGCCACGAGGACCUGGAAACUGCUGUUUGACCCUGGUUGACAGGCACAAAGAACUCGAGCAAGCGUAUCACCUACGCCCUCCCGACCACUGGGCAGCUCCCCUGGAAGAAGCUAAAGGAAUUCAUAUAGGCCUCUCUCCCGCAAGGAUCAAUCUGAGACCACACUACCAGGUUUAAGGGCUACCAGGAUGUACAACAGGACAUGAUAGCCCAUUGAGAAGGAGGCAGGCCGCCUGGAGAUUUGUGGAGUACGUGUUCCACAAAAUUUGAUUCUUAUUGCUUCCAGCAAGUAGCAUGAACUUCUGCGUUCACCUGUCUAAUUUAUUUCAAAGAUUCUGAGGAUGUUCACACAAAUGGCACUGCUCCCUCCUCCCUCUCUGCAUUCAUCUUUCCCUUGUACCACAUAACCUUACUGUAAUCACCCAUCGAUUUAGAAAAUAUACUAUCUCCUCUCUUUACUUUCAGUCUUCCAACCACAAGGUUGUCUGAAGGUCUUUUGAAACCCUCCUGGAUGUCUUGCAGAAACAUAUCUGUAAAACCACUUCCAUUUGCAGACUAAAUAUACCAAGACUAGUUAGUGGCUUUGCAUGCCCCCUACCCCCUCUGGUUUCAUCACACAGGAGCUGGGAGGUGCCACAGAGGUAACAUCAACUUGUGUGCCCUACCCCCUCUGGUUUCAUCACACAGGAGCUGGGAGGUGCCACAGAGGUAACAUCAACUUGUGUGCUCUGUCUCUGAGGUAUGGCGGAGCAGCACGGGAGCUGUCUGUGCUUGAAGUACUUCAGAGAGAUUGCCCAGGGGUCAUCCCAGGCAGCUGGGCUGUUGGUGAUCAGAGGACUGGUUCAGCUUGGGCUGUUUGUACAGCUCGGUACUGCCUACGUGUAGCCAUCUCUGCCUUCUGCUGCAGGGGAGAUGUGUCUAGGAGUCGGUGAAAGCCCAUAGCUAGUUUACAGAGCCAUGCAAUUCUAAGUGCUGUUUCAGGGACAAGGUUGGGCCCGUCUAGGACAUUGGUUAUAGGAAAUGGAGCCUUCAAAUGUUUAGUCCUAAGCUUUGUAAAGUGAUAAUAGAAAGCAGUCUAAUUGGCUUGGAAAAAAAAAUAGCAAAAAUAAAAGUAGCAAAGUGUGUCGCAACAAUAUACUUCAAUAGGAAAACAGCCUUUGGCGUUUGGGGCUGAGGCGAAUGACUGCCGCUAGUGGAUACAGUGGUGAGAGGGGGUUCAGGUUUGUUUUUCUAAGAGUUCAGUUUUCAGGAUGGCAAGGAAGACUUGACCCAAAGACAAAGCCUCAUCUCACCAGUUCCGUGGUCAGACUCUCAGGAUGCCUGGCCCUUCCUAGUCUGUACUUCACUCGUGACUUUUUAGGUUCUGAGAUUAUAUCUGAUGGCCCUGUUUUCCAUGUAGUUGGAGGCUUAUUAAGCUCUGCUGCAUACUUAUUUUUCCUGUCACAAAUUUCUUAAUAUAAACCACUGUGGCCGAAACGGCUUUAUGAGAUCAUCACUUCUCUUCAUGCCAUGGAUCUGGAGGGAUCAGGUAGAAAUUACUUUCUACUCAAAAAUCUUCGAGUUAGGUGUGGGUCACAAACACAAGUGGUGUAUCUGAGGGCUUUUCUUUCUGCUUUCUUCCAUUUUCUUUUUCUCUUGAACGCAGGAAAAUGUUUCCUCUGUGUUUCUGCAUGUGACCUUUAAUCUCACAGUCCAAUGGGGACAAUUUGUUUAUCAGAAUCACGUAUCAUCAUUUGGAAGGGAUGGAUAUAAUGUACCAUAUUAAAUACAAGCAGGCUUUGUGUGGGUCGGGGCUUCAUUACCAGAGACUCCCUAUAGUCAUUUCAGGACCAAUCUUGGCAUCGUUUCUAGCUGGGGGAAAGGGGGUUGGCUAAGAGUAAUGUGUUUUUAGGCAUCCAUCUCAGAACUGCAAUUUUCUCUUAGAUUUUGCAGGGAGGGGAAGCAGAGGGUCUGGACUCGAUUGUUUCCAGGAGCUGAAGUCACUGGGUUUCUGUUAGGAGUUUUUCAGUUGUUGGGGCUGUCAAGGAAAUAUUGUGAUGACAAAUAUAAUCCCUAGAGUGGACUGGAACCUGUCUUUGAAUGGAGCCUUCCAGCUCCUAGAUCAAGCCAAACAUUUGGCCAAGCAGUUGGGUAUCCAGCUGGCCAGUGCUGAGAUACAGGACUAUAUUUUCGUUAACCACCAUCUCAUAUUUCUCUGAGAAUGCUUCAAAACAGCCUAGAGAAAAUUUAGGAUAGAGGUGGCUAUGGGCCAAUCCCAAUAACUCCAACGAAGGCACGAAUAAGUUCCUGGCAUGAAAGUAGAUGCAGUACUAACUACUGUAAGGGUCCUGGUACAUGUAGAAAUUGCACCCCUCCCCUCCACAAGAAGAGAAAAAAAUAGAUCUACAUUAUUGUUGAGGAGCAAUGUGUAUGAUCCGUCUCUGGAAAAAUAACACCUCUAAGACUUGGUGUUUCAAAACAAUGUGAGCAGAGAAGCCACAAGAUUUCAUGAGUUCAUCAUUAUGUCUACCUCUUGUAGGUUUUUUUAAAAAUUAUUUGUUGUGUGUGGUAGCUCUGAGCAUGAGAAAGAGCUAAAGCCAUGUGGUCCUGCCUCUGCUUAAGUAUAUAGUGUCCCAUUUAGUGAGCUAACAGGAGGUACAGAAGAAAAUGGUACAAUCCUGACCCCUCAAAGUUUCUCAGACAUAAAAGUAUGUACCUGUGGAAAAAAUGUUUAUACAGCGAGCUGGGGCUGUGUUGCAAGAAACAGGCAACCUAGCAAGUCUCCUGUAUCCAGUCCUUUGGGUUGGAGAAAGGUCCUCUUUGGAAUUCCUCUUUAAGUUAGGCUGGUAGGAGGAUGAAGAAUGAAAUGUUAUUAAAAGAUAGAAUUCUAGUGCUGUAAAGGUAAUCAUUUUUGUAACCCCAUAUUCCACAGGCCAUGAAACAUUAGCCCGGUCCCUGCCCCUACCACAUUCACUGACGUGACAGAGACCAGGAGAGGGUUCAUUAACCUAGAAGGCUAAACAGUGUGACUAGGGAUUUUUGCUAUGAGAUUUCUGGUCACCUCCAUAGAGGUGAUAAUUGAAACCCAAUGGGAAUCCUAAAGCAGAAUUCAGCUGAAGUGAAAUUAGUAAGAACUGGCGGAAGGCCCCUGUGUCAUGUUGCUUUCUGCUUUGCCAGAAACUACCCAGGCAGAUUUGGCUGGGUUCUAAGAUGCUCAACAGGGCACUACUUUCCCCUGGAACCUGGUAGAAACUCCUUUGCCCAAUAGGUCUCUGAAAUGUAUCUGCUAGAAUUCCUAGGAUAUUCAUGUCUAAGAAAACAAGGGUGGUAGUUUCCUUUGAUCAUAUGACAAUGAUAUGAACACACCUUUUAGUUAUGGAAGUAGCACAUGCAUUUUAUAUAGGUUCUAACUCCACCGAAAGUGUCAGAUGCAGCGUGAAGACAUCCUCUGCUGGUGUGUCUCAGUCCCCAGCAAGAGACACCAUCAAUGUGGACAAUCAUGGUUGCUUAUAGGUUAUGUCAGAAAUAUCUUGCUUAUAUACAUACAUAUCUGUACAUGUACAUGCAUAUCCAUCCAUACAUAAGUAGAAAUGUAUUUAUUUGUAUACAUAUAUGGGCAUAUAUGCCAUACACACAUAUUGCAUAUGUUUAGACAAGAAGACAUUCUAAAAGCAUGCCAAUCAUCUUUAUGUGUAUAGUUAAUACUCAUAGGUGACGACACAGAAUUUUCAUUUAGCUGUUAUUUCCUCCAUCCCUGAGCUUACUUCUACCCCUGCAUCACUGUAGUUGCCCUUGGCAUUGGCUACUGUCAGAGUCAUAAAGUCCACAACCAAUAAGUCUUCUGAUUAUUUAUAUGUUGCCUCCCAUGAUGCAUGAAACCAGCCUUAGCCCUGUGACUUGUCUCCUUUUGCCUCUCAGGGGAGUAAAGGAGAAUUCUUUCUUUAUGAUCCCCUCACUCCUCUAAAGCUGAGUCGAUAAGCUUUCUAAUGUUAUUUAACUAGGGCAAGCUAUUGUCAGGAAGGGGAUAGAUACUAGGGUGUGGUCUGGGGGUUGGAGCAGCUUGUCUUCCAGUAGGGGAAGCUAAUUAAAUCAUUGAGCACAGCAUGGUGUUUUAUUCAGUUAUGCUCUUUAAAAGUAAAAAUAGAUCUUUGUGAAAAUGGCUCAUCAUAACCACCAACUAAGACUGCUAAUUGUUCUAUGCAGCUAAAUUAUGUUCCUGUUAGGAAAAGAAAGACCAUGUAUUAAAUUAGCUCUCUGAACACACUGUAAUAUGUAUUUAGUAUAAGCUCCCUUCUGCCCACAUCACAAACAUACUGUCUUUGACUCUCUCAGUGCUUCUCAGCACUGAACCCCACAUUCAGCUGAUAACAUGUCCUCUUCCUGUGGCCCUGUCAGCGCUUGUUUUCUGUCCCCCAGCUCUCUGGCUGUGAAACAUUGCCGGCACUACUGUCUAUCACUUUGUUUCACGGCUGCCUAAAUCUUCCCCAGAUGUUAUGAUCGAAAUAUAUAUCAACAUGAAAUUUCCCUCUGGGUCAAGAAUCCAUGUUGCCCGAAGGAUAGGCUCAUGCCUCCUGACCUCAGCUAUCUGACAGAAUUAUGACACACUGAUUCUUAGAAGCAGUCUGUGAGGUUGAGUUUAUUUUUUUGUUCUAGUCACGUGAGAGGUCACAACCAUAAAUAGUUCCUUUAUUUGAAAGGGUGUAAGUGACGUGUGCUUUUAAAAUCAUCCAGGGGACAGGAUUAUAUAUGGGUUAUACUCUCGAGAGUCAUCUGUGGUUUCUUUUAAAAAGUUGUUAAUGCAGUUUAAUGAGAAACCUAAAAACAGAAAUAAGCAAAGGAUACCACACUGGACAAUCUACUCAUCCAGAACAUUGAAAUGCAUUAUUCUGGUCCCAAAGAGGAAACAGAGAACAAUCAUAAAGUAUUAAAGCAAAUAGCUUACAGUAGAAACUUGGAUGUUGGAUGAUGUGUUCCUCCAGGAAGUACUUAUUAUAUAUACAUUCAAUCAUGAUCAUCCAUUAAUAUAUUCAAAAACCCAUCAUGUUUGCAAGUAUUUCAACAUUUCUUUCAAAAUAUUUAUCACUCACUGUGAUACAGAUUCAGUAAGAACAUAGCUAUCUAAGAAUGCAGGGGGUAAACCACUUCAAAGAAGUGGCAGACAGAGAUCAAAAGACAAACCUAAGCAGCUGAAGCUCUGUAAGUUGCAUGUGUUUGGAUUUGAAGGUUCCUCCGCGAUGCCCUGAAAGUUCACCAGGUUCGUGUUAUUUUUGUUACUCUUUGUUCUGUGUGAGCAAAUGCAGUAGUAUUGUUUUGUAUUUCCAGUUCCUUGGAAUUUUGGCAAAGUUCUUAAAAAUAUAGCUGAAACUUUGACUUUAAGAUGAAACUUAGAAACCCUACUUAAGGAAGGGCUAAGAGUUAUUUAUCCCAGUCCUCAAGAGCAAAACCAGGAGUAAUAAGCAGAAUUUUCAGUGGGUUGUGAUUAAAUAUAAAGAAGAUGAAGUAUGAGUUGCCAAAUAGUGCAGUGGGCAUCUGUACAGAGUUACAGACUUUCAACAUCUGGAAAUACUUAGAUGGAGGGGAUUUGACCAUUCUUAGGCAUGUCACUAGAAGGGAUUUGUGAUCUGAAGGGUCUGCAAAUUAGAUUGUUGUUUGCUUCACUUUGAGAAUGGCUUUGUCUGAUAGCAACAUUUGAUCUUAAAAAUUAAUGGGAACCUUGAUUCCUUAAUUAAAACAUCACUUUAUACAUGAGGAACUUGAAAAUGUUGGAGUGGGUAGGCUUUAGUUCUCAUUUUAAAAAAUUAAAACCAACUAAGCACAGAUUCAAGAAUUCAAGGGGGGAAAAGAGGAAAAGCACAUACGGAGAUAAAAUUUCAAAAUUCCUCUGAAAACAUUUUGGGUGUUGAUGAGUAUUCGUGAACAUUUCCAAGUAAAGCCUUAUUGGAAAUCAUGCCAUUCUUCAAAUAUAUAUUUAUAUAUUUAAAAAGUGCUGUGAUUUGAGAUUCUUAGAAUUAGCUGUAACCUAAUCAAAGAAAGAAAUUCUGCCUCAGGGACAUUUAGGAGCUAAGUAAAUGUACACGAAAGGCAACGUGGAAACUCCCUUGGUUUCUGGUACCAGCAUGGGAAUUGCAAAGGAUGAUAUACAGAACAAAAUAGUGGGGUAGGUUUUCUCUUUGCUUGCAAUGUUCUAGCACCAAUGGUAUCUGAGUUGACUGCCUUUGGUAGUGGAAGCAACAGGGACUCUCUCAUGUCUCAGCUCUUUAUUGAGACACAAGUGUGGUUUGCAGUUUAAAGCAAUUAAACAACAAUCCAAAUACGGUUUAUUGACAACUUCCAUGAGAUUGUUUAAGUCAGAGCAUUGAUAGUUUGAUGUAUUUUGACACCUCUGAACUUUGAUAUCUAUUAGAAUUUGAUGCGGGAGAUAACACAGGUAAGAUAUUCUAAACUGGGUUCCAGCAGAGUGAAUUCAACCUGCACAGAUUCACACAGUGAGAGGGCCCCCACCAGAUAAAGGAUCUGUUGAAAGUACAGACCAGCAUGCCUCAAAUAGAUGCUUUCUAGGAAAAUGGUUUCCACCAUUGCCUUCAAUGGAGCUUUACAUCGGUUGUUCAGAUUUCCAUGAUACGAAGGUUUCUCCGUGAAGAUAUAUAUAUAUAGAUAUCUAUAUAUAUAUAUCUAUAUAUAUAUAUGUGUGUGUGUGUGUGUGUGUAAUAUUCCACAGCCAAGUUGAAUAGAACUAAGAGAUAUCUUAAAAUUAGAAUUCUAGAUUUUUUUUAUCAAGAGGCAUGCCAGUUUAGACAUAUUUCAAACACAAACGUGUUUAAAGUUUAGAUACUGUGAUAAAUUCUAUGCAAAAAAAAAAAAAAACUAGAGGUGAGGGUUGAUGACUCAUCUGUUUGUGAUUCUCAUUCCCACCCCUCCCCAUAUGUGUGCGUGUGUGUGUGUGUGUAAGUGAAAGUACUCUUUUACAUCCUUUGAAGGCGGAUAUUGUUUCAGAAUGCUGUACUAAAAGGUGUUGAGAAUGGCCCUAUCACUCAGGGAAUGGCUGAUCUGUUUAUGGGAGGGUGUGGGUGCAAAGUUCAUCCUACACAAUCACAUAGUAGACAUUCAGACACAUGAGAAACCAUGCUGUGCUUGAAAGAAAAGAAAGAAGGAAGGAAGGAAGGAAGGAAGGAAGGAAGGAAGGAAGGAAGGAAGAAAGAAAGAAAGAAAGAAAGAAAGAAAGAAAGAAAGAAAGAAAGAAA